AUGAAUUUAGAACAAAAUCCUAAUUCUAAUAGUCAAGAAUUAGACUCUAAAAAACAGCAAUUAAAGGCUUUAGAAACUAAAUCUAAAGAACUAAUUAAACCUUUACCCUUAGAUACUCAAAUUACUAUCUUACAGAAAGAAAUCAAAGUUUUAGAAAAUAAAAGUAAUAAGAACCAUUUAGAAAAGACAUUAUUAGCCGAUAAAAAGAAAGAAUUAGCGGAAUUAUUGAGUAAGCAGAAUAAUUCUCAUGUUAAUAAUGCUAAACCUAACAUUGGUGAAGAAAAACUAGAAGGUUCGCCAAAUUUAAAGGAAUUUAUUAAUCUUACUGAAAUUUCAUGUCAAAAAAAUCAACUAUCUAAUUUAGAUUUUUUGCUCACUUUAUCUAAUCCUGAAAAAUUAAUAUACUUAGAUGUGAGUUGUAAUAACUUUCCUCCUUGCGAUUUGAUUAUCUUCUCUCGCUUUAAAAAUCUAAAAACUUUGGUUAUAGAUAAUUCUCCUUUUUAUGGUUCCUUAAAACCUUUGGAAAAUUUACAUAAAUUAGAAUUUUUGUAUAUUAAUGAUACAGACAUUACGGAAGGACUAAAAUAUUUACCAGAUAGAUUGAUUAGAUCUCUUGAAGAAGAAAACAUUAAAAUUGAAUCUUUAGAGGAUGAAAUUUUCCACUUAACUAACUUAAUUAAACAACAAAAAAAGAAAAUAGUUCAAGCUUAUUUGCGCUUUAAUCCAGAAAAAGAAUUAUUAAGAAAAUUAAUCGAAGCUCAUUUACAAAUAACCAAAUGGCGAAAAAAAGAAGCUCCCCUCACUGAGUAUGAAACUGAACUUACCGAAUAUAAAAAAAUUCGUAGUGACCUCAAAAGUAAACUAAAUGAAGACAAACUUAAAGAAAAAUCUCUACUACUAGAAGAAAAAAAUAAAUUACCACAAAUAACUAAUAAUGAACAAGGAAAUUAUUUAACUAAUAAUAUGGAAACAGAGGUCGAUAAACAAAUUUCCUUCUAUCAACCGAGAGAGAAAAACAUAAAUAGAGUUGAUGGUUUAAAAGAAAUAGUUUACAAAAAAACUAAUCAGGUGCAAGAGGAAAAAGAAUUUGAAAGACUUUUUGGGGAAGUGCGUUCGAAAAUAAAAAAGAUAGAAAAACUACGAUUAAAAAAAAAUAGGGAAAAAUUGUCUUCAAAAAAAGAAAUCGAGAAAAAUGAUGUUCUCCAAUAUCUUCUUAAUCAAAAAAAGUCCAAAAAAGACCAAAGGAACCAAAUAUUCACUAUUAUUUAUCAACAACUAACUAAUCAAGAUUUUGAAUUUUGGUUAAAAGAAUUUACAGAAUUAAAAAAGGUAUUAAAUAGUUUAAAAAAUAAAGAAACUAAUUCAGGAGUAGAAGAGUGA